GUGAUUCUCCUUCCUGUGACUCAGAUUCCUUCAGUUAAGCAGAACCUCAGUCAUUUAUAUUGCAUUUAAUUCCUACAAAAUGCUACGAAGAAAGCCCUCCAAUGCCUCAGAGAAGGAGCAAAGUCGGAAACCAAAGCUCUCCCUACAAAGGUCAAGCAGUUUCAAGCACUUUGAUCGCUCAAAGCCUCCAUCUUCACCUUUGGUUAAUGAGCAGCUCAGCAUAAAUGAAAAUACAGAGGUGGCUGACACUAUCGGAGCUAGCACAGAAGAGGCCACCAAAGCUGGAAGCAAACUAGGAAAGAAAUGGCGAGCGGUUAUUUCACGUACUAUGAACAGGAAGACUGGCAGAAUGAUGGUGAAAGCUUUAGCAGAAGAGAAGAUUGAAAGUGCAGAAGAAAGUCCCAUGUCUCCAAUGACACCUGAUGAUCUCAUGUAUCUCAGACUAGGGGACAGGGCAUCAUACUCAGCCAGUGAAUCAGAAGAGUAUGUCAACAGUCCACUCAGUAGACAGGCUUCAAACAGUGGAGAUCCAUUUACCCCGGAUUCUGAAGCCAGCAGUAGAGACAGUGUCCAAUUAGAUAACGUUCCACCUCCAUACUUUGGACCGUUCUGUGGCCGUGCCAGGGUCCACACAGAUUUCACUCCAAGCCCAUAUGAUUUUGAAUCUUUGAAACUCAAGAAAGGAGAUAUUAUAGACAUAAUUGAGAAACCUCCAGUAGGGACAUGGACUGGCAGGUUGAAAAACAAAGUAGGAUCCUUUAAAUUUAUUUACGUGGAUAUCCUACCAAAUGAAGAAGAACAACCUCGGAAAUCAAGGUUGUUCAACAAGAGCAAAAGGCCAAAGCCUAAGAACCUGCAAGAGCUAUUGGACAGAAUUAAUCUACAGCAAGAGCUUACGUCCACUUUGCUGUUAAAUGGCUACCAGACUCUGGAUGACUUUAAAGAACUGAAGGAAACGCACCUGAAUGAACUGAAUAUCCUGGACCCUGAGCAGAGAGCCAAAUUGCUCACAGCUGCUGAACUACUCAUGGACUAUGACACAGGAAUCGAGACAGAAGAACAGGAAGAGAAUACUGAUGAACAAUGCUCAAGCUCAGCUCCACUGUGUGAUAUUCCACGGGACUCAGGAUGCUAUGAAAGUUCUGAGAACUUGGAGAGUACACAAGAAGAUUCAGAGUUAAGCGUCACAGCGGAGCAGCUGCCUCCUGUUGAAAACUGAGCCACAUCAUUCAACCAUUGGUACAACAGACUCCUGACAUGUAGGGCUUAAAGAAUGCAAAGCACAGUAGCUUGAAAACAGCAAUAACUCUUUUAUAUCAAGCCGCAACAUGCCACAUCAUAAUUGAUGAGUACUGUGAAUUGGAAAGCAUCUUUUUUUGUUUGGUGUUUAUUCUAUACUGUCCUGCACAAUAUUCAGCUUUAGAAAGUUAGGGAAAGGAAUAUUGUGUGGGAAUUUGUGAAAUACAAAUCUUAUGCAUGUUCCAGGAUCUAAUUAGGGUCCUGUUCUCUGGGGAUUAAAGGACUGACAGAAGUGGCCGUUCAUUGCCAGGUAGCACUUUGUCCACACACAUUUGCUCACAUGUUAUAAUCAUUGAUACUUCUUUAGAGUCAGCUCAAUCCAUAAAAUACUUAAGGUGUAAGGAUAAUUUCAAAAUUCUUCUGUUGUUCAUAGACCCAAAAUUUAUGGGUAAAAUGCCAACAAUGCUUUGAUACACACAGCUAGUGGAUGAAAAAUUAUGAUGGCUAUCUUCAGAUUUUCUAUAAACUCUUCCCUUAAAGAUAAUAUACGUCUGGUAUUAUGCAUGAAAAAAUGCUCUCUUGGUGGUAGGUGCAAUUGUAUGAAGGUGAUUAGCAAGGUACAGUUCAGGAAUGACUUUAUUACCACUUUGAAGUUCAAUUGUGUUUUCUAUGAAGAUUUGGUACUUGUGCAAACCGGACUCUGAAAUUUAAUUUUUUUUUACACAUGUCUGUAGCUUAAUUUUAUAUUUUUCUACUUAAUUUUUGAACUGGUGUAUACUUUAAUUUCAAUAAAGCAUUUACUUAAGAUUGGAAAAAAUUUUUAAAAGUUGAUAAUUUGCAAUAUAUUAUUGGUCCAUUUAAAAUAUUAGCAAGUAGAUGGAUUGGAAGAAAUGGAAGAAAAAGAUGAUAUAGCUUCUCAAACCUGCUCUGCCAUUUUAUGAGAAAAUGGCUAAACCUAUACGUUUUCCAUGCUCCUGUCUUUCAGUAUGUAAUGCAAAACAUCCUCUUGUAUGCAAUGCCAGAGUACCUAUUUGCUGUAGUGUGGAUAAUUUCUCCUCAUCUUAGUUCUAAAAGACCAAUCACUUUUAUCCUAAUUUGUAAACCCAUCAGGCUGAGACAAUCUAUCACAACAUCUGCCCUGUAAACCUCUUCAAUAUCUUGAUAAUUUCAAUGAUAUCAUCCAUUUCUUCUAAUUUGGUGUAAAUUAUACUAACAUAAGAAGACUUGGGCAAUUUUUGUCCAAUAAACAGCAUAAAAUCUGGCCAGUCAAGCUUGUUUUCUUCUCUUUGGAUCAUUCUCUGUCCAGGAAUCAAUAUAGUAAACCAGCAUUAAACCAUUUCUAAAACAAAGUACAUUACCUUCUUCAGAUAGAGACCUAAACUGCAUACAGUAUUCCAGAUCUGGUCUGAACAAGGAUUUGCUUGAACAAGGUACUAAGAGAUCGUUUAGUUCGUGGAACCUUACGGGAAAGCAAGCAAAAACAGCUCCAAACUGAAGCACCACUCACAUUAAAAGAACAGUUGAAAUUGCUGUAUCAAUGAAAGCAACACUGAGAAACACAAACAACAGGAAUUCUGCAGAUGCUGGAAAUUCAAGCAACACACAUCAAAGUUGCUGGUGAACGCAGCAGGCCAGGCAGCAUCUCUAGGAAGAGGUGCAGUUGACGUUUCAGGCCGAGACCCUUCGUCAGGACUGAGAAACACAAUUGGGUUGCAGUCAAGAAUAAAAGUGAGCAUGAAUGAAAUUGCAGCAUCUGAACAGAAUCUGCCUGGCUAAACAUAUUGAGUUACCAUUGUGACAGGAACUCGCAUACACCAGACCUACACAGGUUUAAGAGUGAAAUUUGCAGAAAAUUCAACAAAGCAAGACCAAAUACAAAAAGCAUGUUUGCAGACAAAAGUAAAUGGACUGCACAGGGAAGAGGAAAAAAAACUAAAAAUUCUAAUUGCAGCUUCAGUCGGAGCACUAAUCUACAUGCUGUUGAUGGAAAAAUCUGAUGAUGAUGAGAGUGACACAGGACUGGAUAGCCUUAAGGUUCCCCACAUGACAAAUGACAAUAGACAAGCAAUAUGGCUUACAACAGAACUGGAUGGCAAAUUAAUUAAAAUGGAACUGGACACUGAUUCAUCUGUUUCAGUCAUUCCACAAAUUGAGUUUGAAUAGCGUUUCAAAGAUACUGACCUGAAGCCUGCAGAUGCCAACUAAGAACUUACAGUGGAGAAAAGAUAACUCCCAUGGGAAUGACAUUCAUAACUGUGAAAAGCACCAACCUUCAAGCCAUUUUGGACUUGUAUGUGGUUAAAACAGGAGGGCCAGCAUUGUGGGGCCAUGAUUGGAUGAGACAACUGCAAUUUGAUUGAAGAUCCAUUCACAAUUUGCAUGCCUCAUGCUCUGCAAUAGAGUCAACUGAAAGUGAAUUAUGAAAGGUACUGGAUGAUGCCAGCACAGUGUUCAAGGAUGGCAUUGGAAAACUCAAACAUAUCAAAGGGUAAAAUAGUGUUAAAUGAAAAUGUCACAACCACGUUUCACAAAGCCUGUCUGGUUCCUUAUACUAUCCAUGAUAAAGCAGCCAGUGAGCUUGACCACAUGGAGGCUGAAGGAAUUCUUUUCAAGGUUGAGUGGAGGCCAUGGGCAACACCAGUGGUUCCAGUAGCCAAGAAGGAUGAACCUGCCAGGAUCUGUGGUUAUUUUAAGGUCACCAUCAACCCAGUACUGAACGUAGGUCGAUACCCUCUGACCACUAUAGAAGCUAUUUUUGCAAAUCUUUCUGGAGGAUAACACUUCAGCAAAGUGGACUUAUCUGAGGUCUACCAACAGAUGGAAAUGGAAGAAGAUUCAAAGUGUUUCUCACCAUAACCACUUACAAAGGGUUUAUCAGUAUAAUGGGCUUAUUUUUGGGGUAGCAUCUGCACUCCAGCAGAAAGCCAUGGACAAGGGGCUGCAAGGCUGCCCAAGUGCUCAGUGUUGCCUGGAUGACAUCAUUGUUACCAGUAACAAUGACAAGGAGCAUCUCCAAAACCUCAAGGCAGGGUUAAAAACAUUAGACGGUUAUGGGCUUAGAGCAUGACGCAACAAGUGGGAUUUUUUUAAACCAAAGAAGGUACAGGAAUCUCAAGACUCACACCACCAAGGUCAGGAACAGUUAUUACCCUUCAACCAACUGUCUCCUGAACCAAAGGGGAUAACUUCAUUUGCCCAUCACCAAACUGUUCCCACAACCUGUGGACUCACUUUCAAGGUCUCUUCCUCUCAUGUUCUCAAUAUUUAUUGCUUAUUUAUUAUUGUAUUUGCAGUUUAUUGUCUUUUGCACACUUGUUGUACUAAUGCAGCUCUUCAUUGAUUCCAUUAUCAUUAUUGGAUUUAUUGAGUAUGACCACAAGAAACUGAAUCUCAGGGUUGUAUAUGGUGACUUUGAUAAUAAAUUUAUUUUGAACAAAUUUAUUUUGUCUAUUGUGCCCCACCCCUUGAACUCAUUACUACAGAUCAGGAAGAAAUGGCAAUGGACAAAGCAGACUGAGGUGGCUUUCCAAAAGGCAAAGUAAAUGGAGAU